CACUGUUGUCACAUUUAUUUGGGUCCGCUUUCCCAGCACCGUUAGCUCAAUUAGCUUCAUUAGCUACGUAGCGCUAAUGCACGUUUUGCUUUUUAUUUGGCUUUGUUUCAGUCUCGACUUCUGACUUCACAUCGAACUCUAUCUUUUGCUACUGCAGGAUUAAAGUGAGCAUCAACAAUGGCGACCCGCCCCUCUUUUCACUCCCAGCUCUCCUCCAUCAUGGAGACGAUGGCCAGGACUGCACUCAGUGAGGUCUGCAAACUGGUGGAUGAAGACUCGGCUGAGCUCCGUAUGGAGUUGUCUCGCCUGCUGUUUGCUAAUUCAGCCCUGGCAGAGAAAGUAAACAGUUUGGAGUGCGAAUUGGCUAUUGCGAGAAGCGAUGCCCCCAACUUGUGUAAAAGUUAUCGCACCGUAGGUGUGCAGACUGCCUGCUAUAGUGACGGGGAUGCAGAUGACCAUCCGACCAUUGAGGGGAUUUUUGGGAAGAAUUGGUGUAUGGAUCUAUGGAAAGACAGAGACCCGUAUAGUCUGGACAGAAUGACAGAGUCACCUUAUACCUCUGAGAAGUCUGUGCAAAUGUUGUCUGAACAAAUCACUAUAACUGAGAUCAAAGAGGAAGAUUUUGUGGAGGAGGCGGCUUCCAGCAGCUGCCAGCAGAAUACACUCGGCACAGAAGGUCACGACGAAUAUUCAGCUGAGGAUACUGAGCAUCUCUCAAUCAGUUACUCGAUCGAUGAUGACACUUGUAACCCCUUAUUUGAGCAGGAUGGAGGUCAUGUUGCACCUCCUGGAAGCCUUGAUGAAUCAUCCAUGCAGCUGAUGUCCAUUAAUGACACAGAGGAAGCCUUCAGUACUCAUAUUAUUCCAAUCGAAGAUGAAGAAGAGGAGGAGGAGGAAGACUUGGAGGAAGAAUUGGAGGAGGAUGAUGAUGAUGUGCAGUUUGUUGAAGAAAGUCAACAUGAGCCGGCGCUGAAUAAUAGGAGGUCCCGACAAAGCAAGCAGCGACUGUCACUGACAAACACUGAUGACAAUACGGCUCUGAAUAAUGAUUCAUUUAACAGCUUUAAUGUGGCUGAUGCUGAAACUGUCAGAAAUUCAAACAAAUUCACUUGUAAAAUAUGUAACAGGACAUUCUUUCACAAGGGCACUCUGACACACCACAUGAAAUCACACAAGUCAAACUUCUGCAACAUCUGUAAGCAGCAUUUCCCCCACAGGACCAAGUUAAACUCGCACAAUUGCGUGCCCCCCGUUCCCUCUCAGAGAAUCAGUAAGUCGUGCGAGCUGUGCGGAAAGACCUUCGCGAACCCAUCUGCUCUGAGGAUUCAUUACGUCGUCCACACAGGAGAGAAGCCCUACAGUUGCAGCAUAUGUGGCAAAGGGUUCACCCAGAAAGGGAAUCUGAAAUGUCACCUACGCAUCCACACUGGCGAGAGACCAUUCUGCUGUGUUAAAUGUGGAAAGACCUUCACGCAAAAGGUGAACCUCAAUCAUCACCUAAUGGCGCACAGAAAUCGAGAGGUUGUGGGACCAAAGCCCAAUACAAGGAGACCCUCGAAAUCUGAGUUAAAAUCUGCCAGUGACUCAAAGACUGAAAACUGUAUCAUCUGAAUGCAAAAUGUAUUACUUCUAACAAUAACGUAGGAAUAGUUGACAUCUUGUUUGUAAUGAUCUGUGCAGUAUAACACUAAAAAAAAGUCUUUUGUCAUUUGUGAUGCUUUUAUUGCAGCUUUUAGCACCUCAAUAUUUUAGUUGCUGUUUGUCUUUACAAUAAAAUGAACUUAUUCACUAGGUGAAUACAUUUUUUUAUUUUACAUUUUUUCCACUUUUGGGGAUGUAUGCUUCUUUUUUCUUAUUAAAAUUCAACACACUUUGAACAA